AUGGCGGACCAGGGACAACAACACCCAAGGAGGCAGCGUACAUUUCGCCCAAGAAGAGACAUCUUUGAAGGAUACAACGAUGCAGAACUUAUCAAGAGAUUUCGGCUCGACCACGCUGGGAUAGUAACAAUGGCAGACUUGGUGGUAGACCGGCUUCAGAGCAGGACAGAAAGGAAUCGACCGCUGAAUCCUGAGACAAAGGUGGCUAUUACUCUAAGAUAUUUAGCCACUGGUGAAAUGCAACAGUGCAGCUGUGACGACUUUGGGACAACGCACCCUACGAUCAACCCUGUGAUCACCCAGACGAUAGAUGCAUUGUCUCACCCAGACUUUGUUCGCCAGUACGUAAAGUUCCCAUGCACACGGCAAGAAGUACAACGGAAGCAGGAAGAAUUUAUGGAAAUCAGUGGCUUUGUGGUUGUUGUGGCAGCAAUAGACGGCACACACACAAGAAUUGUGGCUCCCACUGUUAAUGAACACUUGUACAUCAAUAGAAAACGCUACCACAGCAUAAACGUUCAAGUGGUGUGUGAUGCCAAGUAUAGAUUACUUGGCAUUUUGGCAAGGUGGCCUGGAUCAGUACAUGAUGCCAGGAUAUUGGAUGAAUCAGGCCUCAAAGGACUAUUUGAACGGAAUGAAGUUCCAAGAGGAUGCUACAUGCUGGGGGAUAGUAGCUAUCCAUGCAAAAAUUGGCUGCUAACACCCUAUCUGAAUCAUCUUCCUGGCCCACAAGCUAAUUAUAACAGAUUUCACAAGACGGCAUGCUGUGUUGUGAAGAAGACCAUUGGACAGCUGAAGCGCAGGUUUCACGUUCUUUAUGGUGAAGUGCGGCUGAGCCCAGAGAAGACAUGCAAGAUUGUCUAUGCCUGUGCAUUGCUCCACAAUAUUUGCAAGCAGCGAAACCUUCCACUGCCUAAUGAUGAGGAGGAAGUAGCUCAUCCCUAUGCAGAUGGAGAAGUGGACCCAAAUCCACCCAGACCUACUGCCCAUAAUGGUCAUCCAUUCCGGGAUUGCAUUGCCAAUUUCCACUUCAGUGUGGAUGAAUGA